CUCUGAUACUCACGGUUAUUCAUUGCCAGUUUGAGACCUGAACCAGAUAUCUUAUUAGCUGGUUUACGGUCAUGCAACCUCGCCCAACCCCCGCAUCCAAAUAACUCUAAGACGCGAUAACACCGACGUCAGCUCCGUCUCAAAUCAGCUUGAAAGUCACGGCUCUCAACUCUUUCGCCCACUCCAAAUUGCUGCUUGACAAUUACACACUGAUACUAUUGUGGCGCAGUCCAAAGAAAUGGCGGCUGCUGAACGGAAACGGAGCGUGAUCCUGCGCCGCCUCGGCCGGGACGGUCCGUACAUUCCCGCCCUCGGACUAGGGCUAAUGGGGCUUAGCUCCUUCUACGGCUCGCCACCCCCCGACGAGGAGCGCCUGGCCUUCCUCGACCGGGCCUACGAGCUUGGCUGCACCCACUGGGACUCGGCGGCCCUGUAUGGGGACAGCGAGGAGCUGCUCGGGAAGUGGUUCGCGCGGACGGGCAAGCGGGAUGAGAUAUUCCUGGCUACGAAGUUCGGGAACAAGGUGUCUUCCGAUGGCGGGCGGGCGAUUCGGAACGACCCCGAGUACAUCCGCCAGUCGGUGACCGAGAGCCUCGAGCGGUUGCAAACUGACCAUAUUGACCUUUUGUAUUGCCACCGUUUCAGCGGCGAGACGCCCGUCGAGGAGAUAGUGGCGACCAUGAAAGAAUUCAUCGACGCCGGCAAGGUACGCUACCUCGGCUUCAGCGAGUGCGGCGUCGACACGCUCGAGCGGGGGUCCGCGGUGCACCCGAUCGCAGCCUACCAGAUCGAGUACUCGCCCUUCAGCAUGGACAUCGAGGACCCGUCGGUAGGCCUGCUGGCCUGCUGCCGGCGCCUCGGCAUCGCAACGGUAGCUUACUCACCGCUCGGGCGCGGCAUGCUGACGGGCCAGUACAAAUCGCCCGACGACUUCGAGCCGGGCGACUUCCGGCGUACCAUCCCGCGCUUCUCGGCGGCCAACUUCGACCGCAACCUGCAGCUGGUGCGCACGCUGGAGGGGCUAGCGGAACGCAAGGGUUGCUCCAGCGGCCAGUUGACGCUGGCUUGGAUGAUGCGCCAGGGGGAGGACAUCUUCCCCAUCCCCGGCACCAAGAAGGUGCGGUAUCUGGAGGAGAACCUGGGCGCGUACGCGGUGGAGCUGUCGGAUGAGGAGGAUGCCCUGGUCCGGGAGGCCAUUGCGCGCACCGAGAUCGUCGGUACCCGCGUAGCCGAGCAUCUGAUGGGGGCUCUGGUCAAGGAUACUCCGCCCCCAAAGUGACGGUGCCAUGCGUGUGGCUGGCUGAGUUGUUGUUAGUCAUGGUACACUCGUUUCUUGGUUGGUUGGUUAGGACUUAGACAGAACUUAGAAGUUUAACCUUAUCAUUCAACAUGGUUAUUAUGAUCUACCUAA